AGUGUUGUUGAGCGUGAUUGUUGCACAGACUGAGGUUUCAGCUGGCUCAGCGGACAAGAGUGAGUCUCCACAACAAGAGGCCCAAAAUCUGAAUCAAUCUCUUCAAAAUAUUCUUUGCAAUUGAAGCAGAAUCGUGACCAGAACACAUUUUGAAAUAUGGCUGCCAUAGAGGUUUUACCUGAGCAAAUGUUGCUCAAAAUCCUGUCCUACGUCCCUCCAAAAGAGUUGGUUUUGAUCUGCAGACUAGUCUGCCAACAGUGGAAAGAGCUUGUGGAUGGACUAAACCUACAACUUCAAGAUGAAGGUUUGCCAAAGCAAAGUCAGGAUAUAAAGCCAGAAGAUUGGGAUGCUUUUUAUUUUUGUACACCUAUGAAAAAGAACCGAAUCAAGAAUCCAUGUGGAGAAGAGGAAUUCACCUUCUGGGAACUCACGAAUAAUGAUGGAGAUGGAUGGAAAAUAGAAAGUCUUCCAGGAGACAAUGGGAAGCUCUUUCCGAAUGAAAAAAUCCAAAAAUAUUUUGUUACAUCUUUCGAGUGGUGCCAAAAAUCUCAACUAAUCAACCUGGUCUCGGAAGGAUUCGAGGCAGAGACACUGGACAACAUUCAACCUCCUAUCACAGUGCGGGACUGGUACGCAGGGAGGCACGACUCCGGCUUUGACUAUGAACUACAUGUCAAGCUUCUGUCUGAAGACUUGAGCAUGAUCCAGGAAUAUAAGACUGACAUAAUUCAUGUCCCACAGUGGAGUGACGCAGAAUGGAAGGAGAUAUCAAACACUUUCACAAACUAUGGGCCUGGUGUCCGAAAUGUGAAGUUUACACACGGAGGAAAGGAUUCACAGUGUUGGGCAGGAUGGUAUGGAGCCCGGAUCACCAACAGCACGGUCAUUGUUGAGCAAUAACGUUGCUCCAAAACAGAUCUUCUGAUGCUUUUUGCAACUGACUUUGCACUAUCUUUAUUUAGCGUGGCAUGAGCUGCUUUUCCUAACAGGUUCCAGUACAAACGAUUUGUGUUAUUGGACACACGGUGGUGUUCUAUUAAUUGUGCUUAUGCCAAAGGAAAUAGAUACCAACCAUGAUGCAGGCAGCAGCCUGGCAGGAGUAACAGUAGGACAGGGGAGUUAAGUUGGGGAAUACCAAAGAAAAUCCUCUCCCCUCUCCUUCCUCCCAGCCCCACUUCUUCCUCUGCUCUUCUGGCCUAUUGUCCUACAUUAAGUGCCAACUGGGAAAAUAGCUGAGGCAGGCACUGUGGUUUACUUUGUUCCACCUGACCACACUCUCCGUGAACGCAUGCACUACACAACACUGUCUUGCCUCAUCUUGUCUGUUUGGUUAGGAUUAAAAGUGCCGAACCGGGUGAUGAAUCCAUGGGACACAAUUACUAUCUGAAUACUCUGCAACUGGAAGUUUAAUGUGCAAACAAUUCUUAUGUUUCCCCGGUGCUAUCACUGAAAUCUGUGUUGGUUUUAAUUGAACAGGAUGUGGGAUGUUAUGAGACAACUCUAUGUAAUCUGCCAGAGUUUGCCAGAGAAGCAAUGAUUUGCAAUCCAUUUUAAAAGUGCAUUAUCGAGGUUACCGGGUGAUGGGGAGCAGUACAAUGUAUCAAUUGGAUUUGACACCUGCUAUUGGCCAUACAUGUUUUGACUUCAUCAACUACCCCAUUAAAUAUGAUUGGCAAACAAUGAUGUGUAUAAUGGCUUAAUCACCGAGGCUCCUUUUCCUAGUCUUUCAGAUCUUCACAAAAUUUUCAAAAUGCAUUCUCCAAAAAAACACAUUUUUUCCAAUCCCAGAACCUACCUGCACCAUCAUCUUUGAACCCUUGUAGGCUUUGCUGCAUGUGAAGACCUGCAGGAAACAUUGAGAUUGGAGAAAAUCAUCAAAAGGCUAGCUUGGAUGUAGAAUUCUGAGAGAUCCUUUUUCAUGUGAAGCAAGGGCUUCUAGUGGCUUGAGGAACUAAUUUGCAAGCUUUGGCAAUGAAAAACAAUGCAUUUUGGGGAUAAAGAGGUAUCAACAUGAAAUUAGUGUGUCUGGGCACAAGGAUAAGUGUCAUUCAUAGUAAAUAGGAGCAAUGACAUUGAAAUGUGUGCUCAUGUAUGUAAUGUGAAUAAAAUCAAUGUUUAACUGAU